AUGAUGAAUUUAGCCAGAAUCCAUACUGGUGUUCUCCUCCUCUUCUUCCUCUUCACAGCACCAUCCACCGGGGAGAUCACUUCUGUGAAGAUCCGAUCCGAUAACCGACGCUUUAUCUUCUUCGAGAAUUUCGGCUUUACAGAAACCGGUCAUGUCUCCAUUGCCAUCUCCUCUGUGUCUGUUACCUCAGUUCCGGUCACCUCCAACUUAUCACAACCUGACCCUUCACGUAUUGGUUUCUAUCUUAUCUCAGAUGUUGCAAGACCCUAUAAGAAUUACGAACGUAUUUCAUGCAGUCUGGACUCCAAAUACAUCUCACUACUCUUUACUUUCCAAGAUCUCUCCCCUUCUCCUCAGUCUUCCUUCAACAAAUCCCACUCUGUGACUUUUCCCAGUGAUUACUCGCUCUACUUCACCAAUUGCAACCCUUUAUCCUACGUGACGAUGGACGUCAGGACAGAGCUCUACAACACUGAUAAUGGCGACACCAAAGACUAUCUAUCAGCCGAGCUAACACAGCUUCCGUCUCUUUACUCUAACUUCUCCCUCUUUUAUCUCACUUUUCUAGGGUUUUGGAUCUUGGUAUGCUUCAAGAACAAGCUAUAUGUCAACAGGUUUCAUUUACUAAUGGGCGUGUUGCUUGUUAUGAAGUCGCUUAGCUUGUUCUUUGCUGCAAAAAUUCAUUAUCAUACGAAGGUUACAGGUAAUCCUCUUCAUGACUGGAAUGUCAUGUUUUACAUAUUUCAGCUCAUCAAAGCUGUGCUUUUGUGCAUUGUGAUGGUGGUGAUCAGUGAUGGGUGGUGUUUGUUGAAGCCAUUUUUGCAAGAAAAGAUAAUUAAGAAGAAGGUUUUGAUGGUGUUGAUCCCAAUUCAAGUUUUGGCUACUGUUGCUUUAAUUGUAAAAGGGGAAAGUGGCCCUUUUAUUAAAGGCUGGGUGAUUUGGAACAGUGUCCUAUUGGCGAUAGAGACCGGCUGUUGCUAUGUUAUAAUGUUCCCUACAGCGAGUCUGAUUUGCUCCGUUUGGGAGACCGAAGAGACUGAGAAUGAUGCGAAGGCUGCUAGGAAAUAUUUGGCAAUGUUCUCUAUGGUUUCUUUUGGAUACAUGGUCAUUAUGUGUUAUGGCAUAAUGUCGAUGUCUUUUAGGUUAUUGGAAGUAACUGGUCUUUGGUUCUAUAUGGUGAUGUUUUGCAUGUUUAGCCCGUUUGUGAAAAAUAAAUACCUUCAACCUAAUCUUAAAGAACCGGGGGCCAGGACUAUGCAGGAGGAGUUCGUACUUAUCUAG